CUUGUUUCUCCUGAACGCAACACCCUCUCUAUAGCUUCGGUGUCUUCUCAAAAUCCAAUCGAAGAGGAUUUCUUUACUCACAACUUUAAAUUUUGUAGCAGCAUGGCUUCAAAAUAGUCGUACAGAAGUCGACCGUUGCCAAUUGUGCCCUUUCUUAUGUUACAUUUUUCACUUUGAGUCUUAGACAGUUUUAUCCGUUAGUAAGCGAAGUUGCAAGAGCGUUGUCAUAGGUUGACAUUCUCUGGGAUGUUACUGGACGUGGGUUUUGCACCGCACUUCAAAUGUGACACGGGUGUGUGAAGCGGGUGUGUGCCUGGAUAAGUUUGCCAGGGCUACCAGGGAAACGAAGUCUGACAAAUCCUGAGUUACCCAGAAGUCCUUGGGCAAGCUUUGUGUCCGUAGUCAAAGCACAUGGAAAACAGCGUUUGGACAUGAGGAAACGUGUGGCGCUGCGGCUCAGUACAGUGAAAGCAUAACAAGUGGUCUGUGUUGUCACCUCCUCUUGGCCUGGGGGCCGUCCUGAUCCCCGUCACCGCCUCCCUCCACCCCGACCCAGUGACCCCCUCCUCAAUUUCCUCCCCGCUAAGCGGACGGAGGACCCCUGAACAGUGCCAGGCUAAAGCGCUCCCAAAUUCCCCAAGAUUGCACAGGUCCAACACAAGGAAGUUGUGAUAGUAGGGAAAUCUACAAGCACUUUUUUGAAGACAGAUCUCUCACCCAUCUUCAUAAAUGCAAUGAACUGGACAAACAUUGGAGGGUAGAAGCAUGUUUACAGUAUGAUUGCCAGAAAGAAAGUGUUCUGAUGCAGACUACAGAGGAUCUUUGUGACUCAAAUGUGGAACAACCCAACAACCUUAGCAAUGGAAGGCCCCUUUGUUUAAGAACUCCAGGUGUUACAGCAUCUGACAUUUGACCCUUGAGAAACCCAACUGUAGUCUCUAGAGGGACAAUGGAGCCACGUGAAUCUACUGCUGGACAAAAAUGCACCAAGGAGCCCCGGGAGAAGCUGCAAAGGAAGUGGGCCUCAGAGCCGUCAGCUGGCACAAAAAGAAGCGCUUUCGCUGACCCAGAGGGAAAGAGGCACUCGCAUCGCGAAAGCCUGCAAAGUGGUGCGGGUGGCAGCAAUGUUACUGGCUCAGCACAAGGCUAUGGCUCUGGUAAGCUGCUAUCAACUGCAAUGAGUCAGUCAUCUCAAGACAGUCAGUACGCACAGGCUUUCCCCCGUACUUACUCCUACCAGUUACCACAACCGUACCCGCAGCAGCCCAUGCAAGAGCGCUUUGUGUCCGGAGCAAAGCCGCAGCCUGGUCUGGAGGCCCAUGCCUGGCCCUUCGCUGGACAACUCCCUUCAGAUGACAUAUUCACUGGACACCCGCGAGCCCAUGGAGGCUUCCCCCGGCAGAAAUCUCCCAGUUUGCCCAGUUCUUUUGGUCAGUAUUCCCAGUCAGAGCCUCCAGAGGAGGGUUAUAAGAAGGAGCAGAAACCCAAGAAGCCCGGGAAGUACAUCUGCCACUACUGUGGAAGAGCUUGUGCUAAACCCAGCGUACUGAAGAAGCACAUUCGUUCACAUACGGGGGAACGCCCAUACCCUUGUGUCCCCUGUGGGUUCUCAUUUAAAACCAAGAGUAAUUUGUACAAACACAGAAAAUCUCACGCCCAUGCUAUCAAAGCCGGACUAGUACCAUUCUCCGAACUGGCAGCUUCACGCACAGACAUGGACCAGGCAUCCUCUGUGGGAGAGACCGAGGUACACUCAGACGGCGAACAAAGCACAGACACCGACGAGGAGACAGCCGAGCCCUCCAUGUUCAUGGACAAAGGCAGCCCCAUACCCCAGAUAUCAUUUGAGGUGGACAAAAGCACAAUGGGAAAGGGUGGAGAGCCGGCGUAUGCAGACUCUGCUGAGGAACUAGCAAUGGCAUCUGUGAAAGUACCAAUCCUGAUCGUCUCAAAACAAGGUGUGCCGCCAACGGCAGUGGAGUGCCCCCUGUUCACAGACCUCAAAGAUUCUCACAUCAGCUCUCAAGUAGGCCGCAUGGAUGACUCUCCCACUAUCAAACAGAGGCUGGCUCUGCGACUGACAGAGAAGAAGGGAUCCCAGGACUCUGACCAGCAAUCCCAGCAGUCCCUAAACCUGUUGAGUCCACACAGCAAAGGCAGCACGGACUCUGGCUACUUCUCCCGUUCAGAAAGUGCAGAGCAACAGAUCAGCCCUCCCAACACAAAUGCAAAGUCAUAUGAGGAGAUCAUGUUUGGUCGGACUUGGUAUUACAAACCAAACUCUGCUAGAUCCAGACAAUCCAUUGCAGAAGGCAUGGCAACUGUUAGCCAAGACACUAACAUAGUCAUGGGAAAGAUAUCUGAGGACCAUAUUUUUUUCAGAAACGAUAGCAGGGAAGCGCCAGUACUAGCAGGCAUUGACCCUAAGCAGUAUCCCACAGGCCCUUGCCAAAGCAAUACAGGUCUACUAGAGGCUCCUACUGAUUCAGGGCCACUCAUUAGGAGUAACUCAAUGCCAACAUCCUCUCCAACCAACCUCAAUGUCCCACCGGGGAUAAGAGUGAGCCACUCAUUUGAUGAGAUGAUGACCACUGAUGAUGUCUUCUACCCGGGCGCUGCUGACAGGCUUAGGAGGCUUAGGAGACAGGCAGCUUUUGAGCACUCUGUACAUGAAGGGCAUGGUGAGUCAGACGCUCAUGGACACGCUCCCAAAAACGCAGCAGCAUCUGCAGCAUUAAGGCCAGGUGAGCGAGGUUCUGUGGUGCCAGAGCAUAUAGCAUACAGCCCUUAUGGUUCUAAAGUGGGAAUGACAGAGAUUGCCACUCGUAAACGCAGAAAGGAAAAGAGUGUAGGGGAUGAGGAGGAUGGCCCUGGCCAGUAUGACAGUAGUUGCAGUGGCUCAGUGGAUAUGGUUGGAGAUUAUGAUUUAAAACAUGGUAGUCUGGAGGGUUCGAAGGCAACACCUACCGGAAAGGGAUCCAUGGGAUCAAUGUACAGUGCGCAAAGCCAAUCAGACAGUUUCGAAACGUGCUGUAGCAGUAUGUGCUCAGAGGACGUGGUGCUAGUUCCUGACUGUGACAGAAAGGCUGCUGGCAACGUAAUCUCUGUAAUUCAGCACACCAACUCACUCAGUCGGCCAAACUCCUUUGAGAAGUCAGAGUCCUUUGAGCACCCAGCCUAUCUGCAGGACAAACCCUCCAGCCAAUAUUCAGAGCAGUCAGAUAUAGAGAACAUAGAGGAUGUGCAGAUCCCCGAUUCUAUCCUAAGGUCUGAGAGCAUGGACCAGCAGCAGCAGAGCGAAAGUGAUUUAGCUUCGACCAACCUGCCCUAUCACAUGCCCCCUAAACUUGUACGUCAACCCAACAUCCAAGUGCCUGAGAUCAGGGUGACCGAGGAGCCAGAUAAGCCAGAGAAAGAGCCUGAUGUCCUGACCAAGGAGCCAGAGAAACAUGUUGAAGAGUUCCAGUGGCCUCAGAGGAGUGAGACUCUUUCUCAGCUCCCUGCGGAAAAGCUGCCUCCUAAGAAGAAGCGUCUGCGUCUGGCAGAUCUGGAACACUCCUCUGGAGAGUCCAGCUUUGAGUCCUGCACCAGCCUGUCCAGGAGCCCCAGUCAGGAGAGCAACCUGUCCCACAGCUCCAGCUUUUCCAUGUCUUUCGACAGGGAAGAGAGUCUCAAGUCUGUAUCACCUACCAAGCAGGAUGACUUUACUAAGCAGUCUGAGUACAGUGGCAACUCUCUCACCAUCCCCGGCCAUCACCAGCAAAGGGAGAUGAGACGUUCCUCAUCAGAGCAGGCUCCCUGUGCUCUGCCCACUGAGAUCCCUGAGAUCCGUAGCAAGUCCUUUGACUAUGGCAGCCUCACAACAUCUUCCAGACAGGGAGAGGUCUAUGCCAGUGCAUCAGCCAUGAAAGAACGGAGGCGAGGCUUCCUAGUAAGGCAGGCCUCCCUCAGUGUUUACCCUGAGACUGUGGUGCAUGAGCAAGGGGCUCUUGAAAUGACUAUCAAGCAAGAACACUUUGAUCAUGGACAUCCGUCUUGGCAGAGUGUCCCCUCCUCUCAAGGUUCUCAUGGUGCAUCAGCCAGCGAAGUAGCACGACCUAAGAAAGGGUCACAUCAUCAUCACCUACAACAGAGCAUUAGUGAGGACAGCCAGGACGACCCACCACUGUUACAAAAGACACCUCGUCUGCCAAGUCAGCAGUCAUCAGAGGCAGAGCAUCCAGGUCAUGAGCUCAUGAGCCAGGAAGCAAUGCAGUACUCCUCACUCCAGAGCAGCUUGGCUUCACUGCCUUUCCUGCCAUUUCAGCCAGGCCUGUUUUGGCAUCCCGAGUCCACACAGAGACACAAGCAAAAUCUGGCUUUCCAGCCACACCAAUUACAGAAACUACAUAUCAGACAGCCUAGUCUAGCACAUUCGCUCCAAAAAUCCCACCCACCUCUUCAUCAGCUACAGCAGAUUCAGGAGCAGUGCGAUGCAAAGGCUAACGGUGCUAUCAGUCAAAACUAUCAGUAUCCACCCAGAGCCACCCCCCAGUCCCAGCAUUAUUCCUCUCUACCAUCUAAAGUGGCCCUCACCGAGAGCACAGUGCUCCUGCAACAGGUCCAGCCAAUCUUUGCCACUCAGAAUGCAGGUUCACAGCCAUCUCUCCCAGGUAUGGUAGUGCCUGUUAGGAUACACACUCAUGUGCCAUCUUAUGGAAGUGUUAUGUACACAAGUGUUUCCCAACUUGUAGCUAACCAUGGACAGAGCACCUAUUCAGCAAGAGUCAUAUGCUCCGAGAGUGUAUCAUCUUGUUCACUCACUGGUGGCUGUGUUUCAAAGCACUCGGUUGCCUUUAACUUAUCUCAGAUCCUUGGUCAGCCUGAGGGAGCUCUACGUUAUCCACUGUGGAAUGCACCAGAAAUUAACACUGAACACGGGAGACUUAACACAGGGAUUCCGCUGUCAUUGACAUCGGGUACCAUCUCCACCACGGAUGCGUCCUCCAGUAUCGGGGGAAGCAAACGGAUGCUAUCACCGGCCAGUAGUCUGGAACUCUUCAUAGAGACCAAACAGCAGAAACGCGUGAAGGAAGAGAAGAUGUACGGUCAGAUUGUAAAGGAGCUUAGCGCUGUAGAACUAAGUGCUUCAAAAGAUAACAGCAAGUUACCAAAGCAAGCUCCUCUGAAGAGCGAGGAUUCCGGGGAUGACCAGGAGAGAAUGUCCGCCUCCCCGUCAGAAGACUUCCCCUCCACCAAAAUCCCAGUGCGUUCCAACGCGCCACACAUACCUGACGUGCCACCAGCUGACAGCUUCACUCCGCCUCUGCAAAUUGUGACGGAACCCCCUGGUGGCAGAGAGUCCCCAGAGGAGCUAGACGUUGACGAUUCCUCUACCCCAGAGGCUAGCUCCAGCCCACAGUCUAUGGUCUCUUCCAGUGCCACUCAAGAGGAGGCCAAACCACCUAUGGGCAACAAGAUCCCUGUCAACAUGCUGGUGCAGCUGGCUGCCAAUCAGAGUGGGAGUGCUGCUGGAGGCAGUCUGCUGCUCACGGAUCUGGCUGACGUUCAGCAGUUUUUUCAGUUCCCCAGUCUUCGAACAACAACCAGUGUCAGCUGGUGCUUCCUGAAUUACACCAAGCCAAAUGAUGCUCAGACAACUCUUCUGACUUCUGUCUACGGCUCUUGGUGUGUCAGCUCUUACAACCCUAACCCUCUCAGUCUCAGCACCAAGGCUACUUUGGCCCUGCUCUGCUCCAAGCAGAGGAAGAACCCGGAAACCUACACAAUGGCUGACAUGUAUCGACCCGGGACUGGAAAACUUGUGUCCUCUCAAGCUUGGAAGCAGAAGUUUGAGCAGAUGAAGCCAGACCUUAUGCAACGAGAUGUGAACAAAUAUGGGAAGAAAAUCAAGGGGCUUAGCUCCAGGGAACGUGUCAAGGAGGACCAUGGAGAGAAGGAAGUCUCCUCAAAACAGGCUGAGCCCACUCGCAUCAAAAUCUUUGAUGGAGGGUACAAAUCCAAUGAAGACUAUGUUUACGUGCGUGGUAGAGGAAGAGGGAAGUACAUCUGUGAAGAGUGUGGGAUCCGCUGUAAGAAGCCAAGCAUGCUGAAGAAACACAUCCGCACACACACCGAUGUCAGGCCGUAUGUCUGCAAGUUCUGCAACUUUGCUUUUAAAACUAAAGGAAAUCUGACAAAACACAUGAAGUCGAAAGCCCACAUGAAGAAAUGCCUGGAGCUCGGGGUCUCAGUGACAUCGGUGGAGGAUGCAGACACAGGUGAAGCUGACAAUGGCGAGGAUGGCCAGAGAGAGUCCAUGAAGAUGUCAGGCAUCAUGGCGAACCACCAGUUCUCAGACGCAGAUGACUCUGACGGUGGCGAGGAUGACGGGGAUGAGGUGGACGAUGACGAGGAUGACGAGGAUGAUUAUGAUGGCGACUCCACACCCAAGACGCGCUCCAGAAGCACCAGCCCUCAGCCCUAUGGCGUGCCAUCUCUCUCCGUUACGGCUGUGGCGGCAUCUCAGGGCACCUGCUCCUCAGACCUCCUGGGCCACGGGUCCAAACCGCCCCUCUUCAGCUACUUCACCAGCCUGCCCAGCAUCCAGAUCACCCAGCUUAUGGUGCCCAGCGAACGAGCCGGCCAGGGCCAGAUGGCGGAGUACCAGCGGCUACUGCAGGGCGCUCUCGGCGAGGACUAUAAGAGUAGGCUGGACGUACCCAGCUCUAUGGAUGAGGACUUUGGCCUGUCCCCAGACCACAGUUCCUCCUCAUUCGACCUGUCCCCGUCUCGCCUUUCCUCCCCAGGCCUGGACUCGUCCCCACUACGAGAGCCCUCCCCCACCUCCUCCUCGCGCAAGUACCUCUCGCCGCGCCGCGACCUGUCCCCCCGCGGCCGCCUGUCGCCCCGCAGAGAGGUGUCCCCCCUCAGGCACGUAUCCCCCAAGAGAGACGUCACCUUCAGGAGGGACCUGUCACCCCGGGGGGACCUGUCGCCGAGGUCCAAGGCCGGACAGCCCAUGCCGCCGGGCAGGGACCUGGUGGGCAGGAGGGAACUGUCUCCACGUGGUCACCACCGGGGCAUGGUCAGACCGGUCUCCCCCAGGAGGGGCAUGCACCACCACAGCGCCCCCUGGAGCCUGGGCCAGCACCUGCACUCGGAAAUAUUGCCACUGGGCCAGCGCGGCAGGAGCCAUUCCGAGAUGGAGACGGACCAGAGAAAGGUCUCCCCUCCCCACAGCAGCCAGGAGUCCCCGAGGGCCCAUCGGGGCCUGUUCAGCCACCUCCCCCUGCACUCCCAGCAGCAGGUCCGAACGCCCUUCCCCAUGAUCCCCAUCGGGGGGAUCCAGAUGGUGCACUCUGUGCCUGCCUCCGUCACGGGCCUUGCCCACCCGGCCCGCCUCCCACUGCAGAAGAGCACGUCGGAGGAGUCCAGCGCCAGCGAAGCUUCCAUCCACCUUGCGGAAAGAGGUGACGGUGCCCGGGGCUCCGCAGGUUUGUCCGACUCACCCCAAUGCCCCAAAGCCUCGUCGUCUGUGGGGACGCCGGCGCCCUCUCCCGGACCGUCCUUAGCCGGGUCCGGAAGUCACCAGGACGAAGCAGAACUGUCCGACAGCAAGGACAAUAAGCAACAGGAGGAGAGCAUACAGACUUGUACCAAAGCUAUCGCCUCGCUCUGCAUCGCCACGGAACAUGACACUUCGGAAAAGGACGUAGCGGGUCGCUCUUCAGAUGCCCACCCGAGAGCCACCCCCCCUGAGGCCUCACCCGUCUCACACCCCUUAUCCCCGCCCUCAGGAGAGCGCCCCCAGCAGGAUUCAGCACUUUAGUGGCCUACAGGUCAAGCAGUCCCCCCUGGCUGGCCGCUCUGCCUCCCCCUUCCCCCGACACUCCAGCUCCAGCUGGGAAACCUCCCUCCUGGUCACAUCGAAGGGCGCAGUGGGUCCCUUUGCCAGGCCCAGGCCACCGCGCUGUGGGUCCCUUGGCAGGACCAGGCCACCGUGUUGUGUGUCCCCUGGCAGAGGUUGCCAGGUUGGCAGGGCCCAGGGGAAAGGCCAGCAAGCACAAAGAGAGGCAACCAUAUAUCAAAGGACGCCACAGAGAGCAGGUGAACGUUGUUAAAAAGGGAGACAUGCAACAUAAAGACAUCAACCUAUACAAUCGCACACAAAUACACACACAAACAAGUCUUUAAGUAGAUACUCUGUAGUUUCAAUGUAUGUGUAUAGCAUGCCUUUUAUAACCUGGUUUGCUAUUUUAACAAUUUCUUAUUUAAAGUUUCAAAGAAUAUACUUACAGUAUAUGUUAACUUAUAUAUGAGCCUGACCAAAUUGCUUAUGGACUCCCAGCCUGGUACUUUUAAAUGUACAGAUGUGUGUGCCUUUUCUUUACUUUUUGCUUAUAUUCUUAUAAGCAUAUUAAGCAGGAAGAUAUGUAAAUAUAUCAAGUUUGUGUAUCAGCUUUGUAAUAAAUGCAACUUCCCGUCUUUUUUAGACACUUGAGUCUGAAUGAUGUGAAGUAUCAACACAUGUAAGGUUGCACUAAAACAUAUUUUUAUAUGAGUGAAAUUAAAUGGCUUUUGUGUACAGCAGCAAUUCUAUAAUACUAUUUAUUGUAUCAUGUUUCAUAAAUUGUAAAUUUUUCUUAAUGUUGUGGAUGCCUUUUCUAUGUAAAGCAUGGGUUUUGCUAUGGCGUAAUUAGAGCAAAACAUAUGUACACUGUAAAAUGGCUUUAUAUGUUAGAAGUAUUUAUAUACACCUAAGUGAAUGCACUUUACUUGGAGGUAUAUACAUGUUAUUAAAUUUACCAGAAUAUAUACCUAGUAUAUAAAUAUAUAAAUAUAUAUAUAUAGAAUAUAUAUCUGCACUUAAGUUUUAGAUUGACACCCACAUACAGUAUGGUAGUUGGUUCUAAAUGCUUGUACCUUUUUCUCUCCUAUUCGCUAGAUUGGCUACACUAUUUGUGAUUUAAUUUUGUUCCUUUUUUUUUUUUUUUUUUUUUUUUAAAAAAUGUAGUAGAACUGUCCAGCAUUAAGUGAAUCAACAUGUGCACAUCUGCAUUUAUUUUUUUUGGUUAUUCAUUCAACGCUUAAUGAAGUAGUAGUGAAAUAUUAAAGAUAGUUUGAUCUUCUGUGAAUCACGUUGCUUGAAGUACUUGAUUUAUUGAUUAGUAUGGGGAACAUUCCAGCAGAUGUAAAUAUUGAAUGCCCAUGGAUUUGUACUCAUACACACAAACACACACACACAGACACACAUAUACAGACACACAUAUACACAAACGCAUACACACAGUCAUACACCUUUAUACAAAAAGUAAAUUCUAGCCAAUGCCAUCAGUUCAUCAGACUUUUUAAAAGGCAUACCCCAAACUCUGAAAAAUGCACCUUAUGUUUCCUAAAUUUUGAGAUUACAGUCCCAUAAUAUAUCAAUUUUGGAAGUGGGAUUAGGAAUCCAGUUGCUUUUAAAAACUGUUUGCGAAUAAACAACCUAAUCGAAUAGGAGCAUUCAGCCAGUGCACUCUUCUGUGUAUAUCUGUAUUUUGUAUGGUGUGUAUAAGAUCUGUGUAAUUUACUCUUUGGACAUUUUUGUCAGUAGUCCCUGGUAUUCACUUAAUUGUAUUAACAUGUCUUUAAAUUGAAGGUAUCAAAGCACAAAUCA